GUUGCUUUGGCUUUAAGUUUUCAAUUAAAUCAUUACAAAACGUGUCACACUUCCCUUCCUAAAACAAACAACAAAAGAAUCAAAACAAGAAUUGUCAAGUUACUCCUACUUAUCACAUUUUUCUCAUACAAACAAAGAAAAAUAUUCAUGUGUAAUUCAAAUGGUGAUUGCAGACCAUUGGGCUUUCUGCUGGGUCUCCCCUUUGCCUUUCUCUGCCUCCUUAUCUCAAUCAUUGGUCUUAUUGUUUGGAUCGUUGGGUUGACACUGACAUGCAUAUGCCCCUGCUGUUUGUGCUUGACAGUAAUUGUGGAACUUGCUUUGGAAUUGGUUAAGGCUCCUCUUCAUGUUAUGGAAUGGUUCACCUCUAAGAUUCCAUGUUGAUGUUAGAGAUUCUUUUACUUUACCAAUUGUAUCACAUAGAGUUCUCUAGACUUGUGAAUUGGGAUUAAUGUUUGGUUCUUGUUUCAAUUCAAUUUCGUAUUUUGUUUUAGUAGUAUUUGACUUAGGGUUGGUUUGGAUUGGUUUAUUCAAGUUUAUAUGACAUAAACACCACUUCUGAUAUUGUUUAUGAGAACUUAAUUAUUAAAACUGCUUAUAACUUGUCAAUAAGUUGUUUUCAGCUUAUUUCUUUAAA